UCCGGUGUCAUGUCAGCGGUCUGCUGGCACCGCAUGUUUACACGCUGACGCUCCUGCACGGUUCCAGUCCUCACGUUUUUCAGUGAAACAGUUCGACUGAAACAAAAAGGUCAAACGGAGGAAGUGUGGGAGAGGGACACUGAUUAGCAAGUCCUGCACCAUCACACCAUGGAUGCUGUGCUAAGAGCAUCCAACCAUGAUCCUCAGCCCAGCAGGAAAUCAACUAGACAAGAUGGCAGAAGUCGUUCAAGAGAAAAGUCGUGGCUUGAAGUUUGCGGAGCAGCAGCUCCUUCGACACGGCUGGGAGCAAGGUAAAGGACUGGGACGAGCUGAAAACGGCAUAUCAGAGGCCAUCAAGGUGAAAGUGAAGUGUGACAAAGGAGGAGUUGGCCAUAAAGAAGGGGAGCAGUUCACCUUCCACUGGUGGGAUCAUGUGUUCAAUAAAGCCUCCUCCAGCCUGCAGGUGGAGUCUGAUCAAAAUGGGAUCAAGCUGAAGAAGACUACAGAAGAAGAGGAUGGGAUGAUCUCCAAUAAAAAGCCAAGGAAAGCGACACUGGCUAAAGAUAAGCUGUAUGGAUGCUUUGUCAAGUCUGCCACGCUGCUGUCGGGUCAGGAGCAGCCAGAGCCGAAGGCGUCCAGCUCGGAUGACAGCAGCAGCUCAGACAUGGAGGAUGACCAGAGGAUGGAUCUCUCCAGCACCACCAAGCUUUCUGACACUGAUCUUAUGAAAGUUUGUGGAGGACGCACAGCUCACAAGGGAGCCAGGCACGGUUUGACCAUGAGCGCCAAGUUAGCCAGGCUGGAGCAGCAGGAGGCAGAGUUCAUGGCCAAGUAUGGAAAGAAGAACCAACCAGCUCCUCCUCCAGCCUCCUGUUUAGAGACGCAGGAGGAGACGAUGGCAAGCAGAAAAAAGAUGAAAAUUAAUGAGUUGAGUGGUGAUGAAGUUUGUGAAACCCCCGAAACAGAUGUUCAACCUAAAAAGAAAAAGAAGAAGAAAAAGAAUAGUGCUGAUCCCGAGGAAAGAACUGAUGAGGAUUUGAUCCAUGUAGAAAACUGCGAGGCAGACGAUUCGCACAAGAAGAAGAAGAAGAAGCAUAAGAAGAAGAACAAAGUGGAGGAGAAUGGAGUCGAAGAGACGCAUUCACCGGCUGCAGAGAGCGAGGAGGUGACUGCUGAGAUGCAUGCUGACGAGGGCAAGAAGAAGAAGAAGAAGAAAUCCUCUAAACCCCUAAAGGAAAAUGAGAGUGACUGUAAGGAGUCUAGCCAAUCAAAUCACACCGGACUAGAGGACUCAGACGUCACAGAGUCAACAGUGAAGAAAAGGAAAAAGUGCAAAAAGGACAAAACAUGUACAGAUAAGGAGGCGGCUCCUCCUCUGAAGAGGAAGAAGAAGUCUAAAGACUAGUGUGUGAUUAACUGGGAAUCUAAUUCCAUGUCUGAAGACGACGUGCUUUCCCAGUGUACUCGUCUGUGGUGCUAAACCAGAAUCAUCAGUCGACCAGCAAACAUAAACAGGAAGCACUUUGAUAAAAUUUACACGCAUUUAUUCUGGUUACAAGUCCACAAGGCGGGAAUGUUAGCAUGAUCCUUUGACAUGACCGGAAUAAAUGAGUGAAAUUGUGGUUAAAAAAAAAAAAAAAUCAGCUGAGGUUUCAUGUGAAUGCUUCCUGUUUAGCUUUGUUUACUCGAUAUUAGAGGAACUUGGUGAGUUACAGUCUAAACAUGGACUGUAAAGGAAUUUUGGAUGUUUUCAAAAAACUGGAAAACAUCUUUAACUACAUCCAGCAGGUGAAGCACAUUACACGCUGUUUAGAGAAGUUGAUGAUGAUUUUUUUUAAAGAUUGCCUUUAUAACAUGAAAUGUGGCCUAAAUAAUCCAUCACAACCAGACGUGGCUUUUCUAAACUGAGACUAACAGUCAUGAUAGCUGGAGUCAGUUUACAGCUGUUCUGGGAGGUAAACAUGAAAUAUAAAGAAUCUUUACAAGCUCCCUUUGACGGAGACCCCAGCUGCAUUGUGUUUUUACAAUACUGAUGUAGGCCGUGGAGUAUUGUGACACAUGCUGGUUUUAUAUGCAAAUUAAAUGAUCAGACUCUGCAGACUUUUGUACUUUUGAUUCUUUUAUUGUUUAAAAUCAUCUUUGUGUAAAUAAACAUUUUUAACAACAAAGUAAACAAAUAUACAAAAUUGUUGUAUCUUUUGUAGGAAUUAGAAAAUAUUCAUCUACAUAGAUCAUUUGCAGUUUUAGUCACCUGACAGGUGUGUCAGCAUGUACCUGGGACAAGACGCACGCGCUUGUGACAGGUAUAAACUUUGCCGGGAUUCUUGUUUCCUGAGCCGUAAUGUUGGUUAGCUGUAAGCUUUUUUGCAAAGAUGAUGGAAAAUAAAAUAGUUUCUACGGGAAAA